AUGCAAUUCCAUCAUCAGCUUCUGGCCGUGUUGGCACUCAAUGCAGCACAUGCAUGGGGAGGAAUGCAGUUGUUCACUGCGGGUGAUUUCUCGUCAUUGUCGUCGGAUUGCGUUUCUGCAUUGACGGCUGAAUUAUCCUGCUCAUUGAUGGAGACUGGUAGCACAAUGUACCAUCUGACGGUCAACAUGACGGUGGACCUUUUGGACCAAAUGUGUACGGAUGAGUGUAAGAAGUCAAUCGCAUCCUAUCGGGCAGCCGUCGAAAAUGCAUGUGCAAAUGAUGAAUAUGAAGAUCUGUACGAGUCAGUCAGUGCAGGAAACAGUUCAGAGACAUAUCGGCCAAUCAUAUUACCAGACUACUAUUUCACCAACUAUAACCAACGAUGCCUCAAGAACAGUGAAGACAGUUACUGCCUAUUCCAUUUACAGUCUACUGAUAGCCAGGAUGAAUGUGAUUCAUGUGGACUGCGUAUGUUUCAGGCGGAGCUGAGCAACAGUUAUUUUUAUAACGACGAUUUAGCUGAACAAUACUCCUCGUUGACUUCCAGCUGCGGAGCAUCAACAUUGGACCUCCCCACACCAAGCUCUGUCGCCCUGGCUAGGUAG